AUGGCUCGUGGACACCGCGUACCAUCACCCGUCGACAGCGACAGCGAGGAGGACCCGAUGGACGAUGGUGAUGGUGAUGAUGAUGAUGAUAGCGAUGGCACGGCCUCCGAUUCCAGCGGAGAGACCGACCUGACGGACCCGGCUGAUUACGGGGAAGACGGCAAGAAUGACGCCAGCGAUCUGGCUGGUCUGCUGGCGGGCGACGAGCACCUUCCAGAGUACCCAGACGGAUCCUUACUCCAAUACGAUGAAUACGCGCCCAAUUCUCGGAAGCUGCUCGACCGCAUCGAGCAGGAAUGGUUCAAAUUCUGCGCCUGCGUCAAGCGGGACCCCAAGGAGAUGUAUCAGCGGAUGGACGUAAAGAUGCUAUACACUUUCUUCCGCUGGGUGCUGAACCAACGUCGCGGCAAGGGUGGGAGACGACGCCAGGGGCUCAAAUACCAGAGCUCCCUGGAGACGUACUGGAAGAUCUUCCGUCUGGUCUACGAGAGGGAGAUGCAGGAGAAGAUCGGCCGGGAGAUAUCGCUGAGGGUGACCAAAAAUGUGAUCCCAAAACUGGCGCGGCUGUACCAUCUCAAGAAGGGGCGGCGGAAGAAGUCGGUCGUCUAUCUGGACGACCUCGUCAAGGUCGUCGAGACGACCGUCACCACCACCAAGAAGAAGUUCGGUCACGGCCGGCAGCGGAUCCUGCUCUGCCUGUUCUUCCAGCUGGCCGGGUUCUCGGCCAAUCGACCGCAGGCGUUGCUGAAUCUGUGCUACCGGCACAUCAAGAUCACCCUCCUGAAGGACCCCGAUGGCGGGCCCAAUAACAUCCUGAUCGAGUUUACCAUUGAAUUCGCCAAAACAUUCCUUGGAGAGAAGGAGGAGCGGAUCGGGGAGAUAUCUGCGUUCCGCGACAUCGUUCGGCCGUACAGCCUGCGAUAUGGUGCCGGCAAGGCGCUAGAUAACAGCGGGCACGUCAGCGAAGCGGUUCGCAGUCUCAUCUUCCAGCACUCAGAUCCCCGUACGUUCCUCAAAUACUAUCUCCACAGGAAGGUGGACAAGGACGUUCGCGCCAUCGUCCAGGGUCUGGACCCGCAGGAACAUAUCAUGCGCGCGGCGUGCCGGAUGCUCCGCUCCGUCAAUCCGCGCCGGCCGCAGGAACUGACCACGGCCCAGUCGAGGUCGGUCAACCAGCAGCCCCACAUCCAGGAACUCAUCCGGAAACGCGAUCUGUUCAGCAGACGCCUUGGGCGACCCUUCAAGAAGCACAAGGGGACCGUCAAGUACGAGCUCCACAGGAAGAUCAGCUGUGAGCUGGCAGGCGCACGCCAGCGGGCGAGAGACAAACUCCUACGUGAUGUACAGGAAAAAUUUGACUUCGAGGAGCCCCUGCGCGAGAUCAAGCGACAGCUGUCCGGGAUCGAGAUCUCAAAGACAUUCGGUGAGUCUCGGAGCACCAAUGAGAAAGUCCCGCCCCCGCAGCAACGACUGAUCUCGGCGCUUCUCUCGCUGCCCUGCGAGACGCUGUGGGACGAGAUGCUUCGACGCACCGAGGGGAUCGACGCGGUUGCGGCAUACUGCCUCUUCGAGGAGGGGGAUACUUGCCGACUCCCGCAUGACAAGAGACAUACCACCCUGGCGCUUCAGAGGGUCAGGGUGGAGGUGCACGUCCCUCCGCCUCCCAGCCAGAGGGAGAUCGCAGCGGGGGCCGUGAUGAAGGGCCAUCGGCCACUCUACUGCUUCAUCUGUCUGGAUAGAUUCUCUACCCACGGCGGGGUGACCAAGCACCUCGGACGUAAACACCUCCAGCGCAUCAAGCCUGGAGACACGAUCAGAUGCCCACGCUGUGAUGUGGUCCUCGAGAGCAAGAUGGAGCUUCAGAGCCACGCCUACCAUGUCCACAGCACGGUUAGCCCAGACGACCCGUAG